AUGUUACUCCAUCGGGGACACAUCGGGAACGGUUAUUAUAUCGGAGAGAUCACGAUGUCUUCGUUCGCUCGUCGUCGUCGGGCUUGGGGGAAGAUCGACUUGGAAUGUUUGUCUGCUAUCUAUCUAUCUAUCUAUCUAUCUAUCUAUCUCAUUCUGUUCCUAUCUAUCUAUCUAUCUAUCUAUCUCAUUCUGUCCAUUAUCUUUCUCAGUAUGUUCAGUAUCUAUCUAUCUAUCUAUCUAUCUAUCUAUCUAUCUCAUUCUGUUCCUAUCUAUCUAUCUAUCUAUCUAUCUAUCUCAUUCUGUUCCUAUAUAUCUAUCUCAUUCUGUUCCUAUCUAUCUAUCUAUCUGAUUCUGUUCCUAUCUUGUUAUCUAUCUAUCUAUCUAUCUAAAAAUAUCUCAGAAAUUCUGUUCCUACAUAUCUAUCUCAUUCUGUUCCUAUCUAUCUAUCUAUCUAUCUAUCUAUCUAUCUCAUUCUGUUCCUAUAUAUCUAUCUAUCUGAUUCUGUUCGUAUCUAUCUAUCUAUCUAUCUAUCUAUCUAUCUAUCUAUCCCAUUCUGUCCUAUAUAUCUAUCUAUCUAUCUAUCUAUCUAUCUAUCUAUCUAUCUAUCUCAUAUCUAUUUCCUAUCUAUCUAUCUAUUAUCUAUCUAUCUAUCUAUCUGUAGUAGAUGGAGGAGGUGAAAGGCUUUUUAAAUUGCGGUCUCUCUCUCUCUCUCUCUAUCUUCUCUCUCUCUCUCUCUCUCUCUCUCUCUCUCUUUUGUUUUUGGCCUUUAUCAAGAAAUUAGUCAUCCACCAGUGA